UUUUCUUGAUACAUCUCUACCAUUUCAUCCCACUCUAGAGAGAGAAUGGAGAGUUUUAUUUCUGCAAUCUUUGGUGAGCUGACCACUAGAUCCAUAAAUUUCUUCAUUAGCAAACUCUCCAAGCCGACAACACUAGACGUGGAGGAUCGCCUCCGCAGGGUCCUGCUUCGGGCACAAGUUAUCAUUGACGAGGCAAAGGGGCGGCACAUCACAAACCAAGCUAUGCUCCUCCAGCUGGUCAUGCUGGGAGACGCCGUGCACUGGAGCCAUUAUGUGCUCGACACCUUCAGAUGCCAAUUUCACCAAGAGGAGGACGCCAAUAAUCAGGGUGUGAGUCGCUCUUCAUCUUUGUCCAAAGUAAAUUCUGCAAUGCGUCUCUACAGUAGAGGUGCUAAGACUUUGAAAGAUCUGCAAGGGGCACUUGACAAUUUGAGCUCCAUGAUCCUUGAUGUAAAUGAGCUCGUACUGUUCUUGACGAACUACCCUUGCCUGUACCGCCAGCCUUACAGCAUGCAUCUCCAGCUGGCCAACUGUAUGUUUGGCCGCCAGUUGGAAGCACAGCUAGUCAUCAACUUCCUGUUGCACGUACAGCCUUAUGGCGCUGAUGAAGAAUUGGAGGUUCUGCCAAUUGUUGGACCAAGCUAUGUUGGGAAGAGCACCCUUGUCGCUCAUGUUUGCAAGGAUGAACGAGUACGUGCACGUUUCUCAGAAAUCUUGUUCUUCCACAUCCAGACUUUCACAGAUGAUGAGCUAGCUACUUUUAGAGAUGAAUGUGAACUAAAACAUCAAAAUCGUGUGUCUGAAUCGAACUUGGAGGCAAGAUUGCUUGUUGUUAUUGAGCUAAUUGGGGAUCUUAUUAAUGAAGAGGCAUGGGGUAGGUUGUAUUCUGCCUCUAAAAGGUAUGCGCCAAGAGGUAGUAAAAUCAUAGUUACAAGCCGGUUUGACAGUAUUGUAAAGUUUGGAACAACACGGGCUUUGACUCUAAAGUUUCUCCCCCAUGAGGCAUACUGGUAUUUCUUCAAGACGCUUACAUUCGGAAGCAUGGAUCCUGAGAUGCACCCGAGGCUCACUCACCUGGCCAUGGAGAUAGCUAAGACGACACUGGGGCGAAGGGGCCACCUUAGCGCAAACAUUAUUGCUCAUUUGCUAAAGGAUAACUUUGACGUCAAAUUUUGGUCUGCGUUGCUUGCCUUCUUGAGACGGUAUUCUCAGAAGCUUGUCUCCCAAUUUGGUGGGCAUCCAGCUGAUAGUCCAAACCAAAACAGACCUGUACUAUUUGAGAGAAUGGCUACGCCAUCUGAAUGUAUUGUGCUUGAUCAUCGGUGUCAACACCCUUCAGAAGAGGAGAUUCCAAAGAUAAAAUUCCAAGAUGUACUAUGUGGGAGCGUGAUGCCUCGUGGGAAAUUUGAUGUCCUAGCAUGGAGGUCUAGGAUACCUCCUUACCAUAGCUAUGUCUAUACUUGUGAGAUUGAAGGGCCAAAAACUAGAGCUGUGAAGAGGAAGCGUUCUAUGAAAAAUGGAGUAACGAAUUGUUAGUUUCUUGACUGUUAGUCUCAUGCAGAAAAGAUACCUGAAUGUGUUUCUUAGGGUGUCACAAAUCCUGGGAGAAUGGCUACGCCUUCUGAAGAUUCCGUGCUUUAUCAUCAGGGUCAAACGCUUUUCAGAUGAGGAGGUUCAUAUUUCAGAAUAUAAGAUUCCAAGAUGUAACUAUAGUACUACCUAGUCAUCAAAGUGCUUUAGUAUUAUAUUUUCACGAGAUCUAAUGAAUCUCUUGUCGUUGCCUUUCCUCCAUUUUGCAGCCCCAGAAUGUGGGUGUUGAGGCUGGCAUUUUUCCUUUAUAUU